AUGUACAGCGCCAUCUCCAACCUUGGAGCCGGUGGUACCCAGGACGUUUCGCUCUCGGAUACGUCCAACGGCGUUCUGUACGGCCUGUUCGCGGCCACCGGUCUUAUCAGUGGCGGUAUCAACAAUCUACUUGGUCCCCGUCUGACGCUUUUCUUGGGCACUCUGGGAUAUGCGUUAUAUACCGGCGCUUUGUGGUGCUUCCAGACGCAAGGCACCCGCUGGUUCCUCAUAUUCGCAGGUGCGGUCUUGGGCGUCACCGCCGCCCUUCUCUGGUCUGCGCAAGGAGCCGUCAUGAUGUCGUACCCGCUGGAGAAGGACAAGGGCAAAGCGUUCGCGAUCUUCUGGGCGAUCUUCUCUUUCGGAUCGUUCAUCGGGUCGAUCAUCGCGCUGGCCAUCAACAUCGAGAGUGGGAAGCUGGAUGCGGUCUCCACGAGUACUUACAUCGCAUUCCUCGUGAUCAUCUUCGUCGGCGUGGCCUCCUCCGUGCUGAUCCUCCCACCGGAUCGCAUCGUCCGAGGCGACGGCACGCUCGUGACAAUUCAAAAACACUCCUCGAUCCACACGGAGCUCGUUGCCAUGGCACGCAUGUUCACCGACUGGCGCGUUGCCGCCCUACUCCCGAUGUUCUUCGCUUCCAACUACUUUUACGCCUACCAAGCUGCCGUCAACGCCGGGAUGUUCGAUGGACCGACUAGGGCCCUCAACGCGACGCUCGAAGGUGCUGGGGCCAUCAUCGGAGCACUGAUGAUCGGCUACCUGGUGCUCGACGCUCCUUCCUCCAGGUUCAAAUUCGGACGUCGCACGCGUGGAUAUAUCGGCCUCGGUGUCGUCACCGUCAUCACCAUAAUCGUGUGGGCGGUGGCCCUCACUUGGCAGGUCAAAUUCGAUCGCACGGACGCAAAGCGAAUGCUCGCCGAAGGCAGCCUCAUCAACUACAAAGAGGCGAGGUAUAGAGGGAAAGGGCCCCUUUUCUUCUUUUACUACUACAACGACGCGUGCUACCAGGCCCUCGCUUACUGGAUUAUGAGUGCCAUCACCAACGACCCCUUCCGCCUUGCUCGUUUCGCUGGCAUAUAUAAGGCCAUUCAGUCCGCUGGUGGCGCUGGCUCCUUUGGCAUGGACGCCGUCGCAACGCCGUACCUCAAUGAACUCCUAGCUAGCUGGAUCAUGAUGCUCGUCUCGUUCCCACUCGCCUUCCUUGUGAUCCGCACAAUCAAAGAGACAAACUACGAAGACGAGCAGGUCGUCUACGUCGACGACGUCAAGCAUGACGCCGUUGAGGGCGGUCAUGCUGGUGAUUCCCCUGCACCGCCGAACGAAAAGGACACGGGGAGCAUAUCAUCCCAGACCGGCGCAUAA